AUGGAAAGUUUACCUUAAGUAAAUUAAGUCCUGUAGUGUUAUGAUAUUCAUUUUACACAGUAUCUUGUUUCAAGAUUAAUAGGUUAUAUAAAAUAGAAUCCAUACAAACUUGUAAUAAAAAUAAUGUUAGCAAUAUUAAACUAACAAAAAAUGACCAAGUUGGUGCUCCUUCUGCCAUUUUUACAGCUGUAUCUAUCAAAAAAUGA